UUAUUUAGAAAACAUUAAAAUUAUUCCAAAGUCCAAACGAAUUAUAAUUAAUUACGAGAUAACUUGUAACAUACUGUUAAUUAACCUAAGCCUAUUUUUGUGGUUGGCGCGAUCUAAGGCCGCUUAUUUGCAGAAAUUGCGAAGUGGUUUCUGGACACAAAACGCACGGUCCAAUUUGAGAAGAAUCGAGUUCUUGCUCCCGCCAAUUUUUUCGACUAAACUUCUAUUGGUUUGAGAGCAACUCAAUUCUCAACAUUGAAUCUCAGACAGUUAAUUGCAGCUUUCAGGGUCUUCAUUGACUUGGGUAGACCAUAGAACUGUCUUUUCUGAGAUGAUUUACUCAACGCUUUAAAGCAUUAACCAAAAUAUGGCAGCGACAAAGCCUCGGACAGGCAGCUUUUCACGCAACUUCUCUUCUGCUCAUUCAUCUAAGACGCCAGGAUAUAAACACGGUCCCAAUGGCACGACAUUCAUCUCAUCCGGAAUACCAGACCUUGACAAGAUUCUUUGUGGUGGGUUUCCUUUGGGAAGCUUGGUCUUGGUAAUGGAAGAUGCAGAAGCUCCUCAUCACAUGCUUUUAUUGCGGAAUUUUAUGUCUCAGGGACUUGUUCACAACCAACCUCUUCUUUAUGCUAGUCCAUCCAGAGACCCAAGAGGAUUCUUGGGUACUUUGCCGAGCCCAGGGGCAUCCAAAGAUGACAAAUCUCGUGAUAAUUCUUCUGAACAGGAGAAGGGCUUGAGGAUUGCUUGGCAAUAUAAGAAGUAUUUUGGAGAUGAUCAAGAGAGCACCAAUGCCAUUGACAGUAAAUACGAGUUUUGCAAUGACUUUGAUUUGCGAAGGCCAUUUGACAGACAUUUUUUCAGCGGAAAGCAUGUGGAAUGUGUUAGUAUUCUAGAUUCUUCUAGUCUUUCUAAUUUUCGCGAUCGCUGCGCCACGUUCCUAUCACAAGUUCCAAGAAAUGAUGGCAAUAUAUCCUCUGCUGGCCGUAUUGCCAUUCAAUCAUUAUGUGCUCCACAAUGUGAUCACUCCAACAUGGAAUGGGAAAUGCUUUCCUUUUUAAGGUAUCUGAAAAGCAUGGUAAGGUCCUCAAAUGCAGUAGCUGUAGUGACGUUUCCACCUUCUCUUCUUUCGCCGUCCUUCUCUAAAAGAUGGCAGCACAUGGCGGAUACCUUGCUUUCAGUCAGAGCAAUCCCAGAUGAGGAUAAGGAAUUAGCAAAGCUCCUCACUGGCUACCAAGACAUGGUUGGUCUUCUCAAUGUGCAUAAAGUAGCUCAAAUCAAUACACAGGUUCCAAAGAUUCUUGAGGCGACUACGUUCUCUAUAAAGUUGCAAAAGAGAAGGUACUUAGUUUUAGAAUGCCUUAAUCAAGCGCCCAUUGAUGUUUCAAGUGGCAGCUCAUAUGGCUCAACUGGGAGUUGUUCUGGCUCCUCUAAGACAGCUUCUCUCGAGUUUUAGUUUGCUAGUGCGUCAGCAUAAAGAGUUUUAAGGGUUGAAUGAUUGAAGUUUAAUGUUAAGUUUAAGAUGGUAUUUUGUUGAUUGUUGAUUAGUUGUAUUUUCCCUUGCUCUUUUGGAUCCA